CGUUCUGUUAUCAGUGUUAUCAGCAGGGGCAUCGAUCGCUCUGUCAAGUGCACCGAUUGUUCCCUGGACUUUCGCUCCCGAUCACGACAUUCCACCUCUCUACACGCGUGUCGAAGGUGGCCGAGGACGACGUGUGCACUCGAGACUACACCGUCCUGCAUCUCGACUCGAAUCCUUCCUGCACUCUCCUACACUCUCGACUCCUUCGCACUCUCCUUUGACUUUUUACUUCCCGUGUUUCUCGAUUCGCGUCUUUUUGCAAGCACCAAGUGCAGAAAGUGCGGGAGAGGUGCCGUCGUACGCGUUCCGCGACGCUCGAUAGAGAUUUCGGUUUUAAGAACGAACUCCUCGUGACGCGAUGGACGACAUCGACGCCGAGUCCUGCCUCAAGGAUUGGGACGACCUGCGGCAAGACUACAAGCAGCUCGAGGCACUAAACAGGGAGUAUCUUGCAAAAUUGGAGGAAGUUGGUGAAUUACAAGCAAAAUGUGUCAAGGGUAUCUCUCACCAAAAGUAUCGACUGGGUAUAAUAUCCAAAUCCCUGAUACAUUUGAAUACAAACGCACGAGAAGACGUGAAGGAGUCGAUGGCAAGGAGGGAGCAACAGCUCUAUGAAAUAGAGCAAACCUUACCAAAAUCAAAUGGCACAUACCUCCAAAUUAUCCUGGGCAACGUUAAUGUUUCGAUAUUGAACAAAAGUGACAAGUUCAAAUAUAAGGACGAGUAUGAGAAAUUUAAAUUAGUUUUGUCAGUAAUUGGAUUCGUGUUGUCUGUGCUAAAUCUGCUCAUUAAUGUAAGAACGUUAGAACUCAGUUUUAUGUUUCUCCUGGUCUGGUACUACUGCACGUUAACAAUAAGAGAGAGUAUACUUAAAGUCAAUGGCUCAAGGAUCAAAGGAUGGUGGAGAUUUCAUCAUUUUCUCUCCACCGUAGUGUCUGGCGUUUUACUGGUCUGGCCAAACACGGGACCUUGGUAUGAGUUUCGUAAUCAGUUCAUGUGGUUCAACGUGUACAUCAGUGUAGUCCAGUACUUGCAAUUUCGCUACCAACGUGGUGUUCUCUACCGACUGAAGGCGCUAGGUGAGAGGGACAAUAUGGACAUCACCAUCGAGGGAUUCCACUCCUGGAUGUGGCGCGGCCUCUCCUUCCUGCUGCCGUUCCUCUUCGUCGGCUAUCUAUUUCAGCUGUACAAUGCAUACGUGUUGUAUAAGCUGAUGUAUCAUCCAGAAGCGACAUGGCACGUGCCAGUGCUCAGCGUCAUGUUUCUCAUAUUGUUCCUGGGCAACACCACUACCACUAUUAUGGUAAUUCCGCAGAAGCUCGUCAAGGAGCGCGUGAAGGAUCACCUGUUCGCGUCCAAGUCCGAUCACAGGAAAGAGAGAACCGCACGCGACAAGGAGAGCAACAAAGGCAGCGAAAAGACAGAGAAAAGCGAGUAGGGCAAGAGAACCGAGUAUUUCCUGCGGCGAAUCUGGCUAUAACUCGACACGAUCAUAGAAUCAUGGAAUCAUAAAGAGAAAAUCUGCAGCAGGUUGCAGAAACAAGGUCUUUAUGCUGCAAAGCAAUACUGGUACUGGCAUUAACGGACACGUAGUUUAGUCUCUGUGUCAAACGCGAAUGAAUCAGCGAUUGAGACGCGCACGGCGCGAGUGACUGCAACGACGAGCGAGAGAAAAAUCGUACAAUGUAUUUUUAUUGACUUUCUUCUCAGAUAAAGUCCGUCGUCAAGUGUUCUCCAGAGCGCUCUUUAGACUCUGGCUAUCUCGAAGUAAACGGGUCCGAUUUCAACAGCAGACUAUCAUUGGUUCGAUGAAUCGUUAGGUCUAUUUUCUCGAGCGAGGAAAAAAAAUGUUCAAGAUGUUUUAUCAUUUUCUUCAUUGCUUCCCAAAAUUGGAAGACCUCCUGUAAAUAAGUCUCGAAUAAAAAAAAGCUGUGAAGCCUAGCUAAAUGCGUCCGAAACUAAUCGAAAGAUUUAUUUUCUUCUUUGUCUUUCUCAGUUUACGUCACCUCGUCCUUUUUUAUUAAAAAGAAUCCCUCAUUUUAAAUUAUUCGAAAAUUCCAUUUGGUGUUUUAAUUGUUUUAAAGAGACGGAGAAAGACUGAUCGAAAAGUCGUCCCAACUUGACCCGUUUAUUCCGGGAAUUUUUGUACAUACUCGUACACCGAACACACGCAUUUACUUUCAAUUAGAUUAACAAUAGGGGCCUGGCAUGCUGGAUCACAAUACGCAAGUACUGACGUAAAGUCCGUAAAACAUUCGAUUGCCAGAAACUUAUGCACUGUGUGUGUGUAUAUAUAUAUAUAUAUAUAUAUUUUUAUAUAUACACAGAAUGCAAUGUAUAUAUAAACUAUGCAAGCUGCUACUUGAAUUUCGUGUUUGCAGUUUCUGCUUAUGGUUUAUAAUUCGUCCGUACACACGCACACACGUCUAUAAAUUAUAUAUAUUUGUGUUACAAACAAAAAUACGUAAAGCAAAACUGCAACCGAUAUCGCGUUUAUUUUUACAAUUCAUUGUAACUAUUACUUUGUUCUGGGUGUAAUUUUAGAUGCAUAUGCAAAUGAGAGCGCACCAAGUUGCGUAACAACGAGGAAGAGAAGAGCAGUCAGAAGUCACGGCGAAGUGCUAAUUCUUUUUUCUUUAACGUAUUUUUUUCCCCCGUACUUUGCUACUCGACUCGCGUAUCGUGCAUAAAUACCGAGAAGUCCCGUGCUUCUUCGUGAAUGUAUACAUCACCGAAUGCGUAAUUUGUAACAUAAUAACGACAAGAGGAAAACUUUUACACGGGCUUACACAUAUUUGUAAUAUACAUACACACACACACACACACAAUCUCUAUAGGAUUGUUCAGUUACUCAUUUGUUACUUUGCGAGAGGAUUAAUUAUGGGAUUAAUUCUAGACUCUUAAUUUUAUUCUUCUUCUGAAUUUGUGGGGUGAAGCAUAAUAAUAAUCAUUAAUUAUUUAUUAUUAU